AUUCAGUUCGCUUUUGACUUUGGCACGGAACACAAUAAAAAUCCAGGGCUAUGAAAUUCAAUCAAAAUUUAGUUGUUUAGAUAUAUUAUUUGCCCAUACUUUUCAGAGAUAAAUCGUGAGUGUGACUGUUUCCCUGGAUUAAACUUUAAUAUGAUCGGUAACAAGGUACUCUUCAAUUCGUUCGAUAUUCGCGCUACCUCGGAAAUGAGCUCCCGCAAAAAGAGUACGGUGCUCAGGCGACGGGCAUCGGCGGGCGGCAGGCUGGACGCGCCAAGGGGCUCGGCCACAUCGAUGAGAACUAGAGAGAUCUUGAGGGAUCAGCAUAAUGACCUAUAUGCACAGUUAGUCGAAUUGAAUUCGAUACAAGCUGCAGAGGGCGGUCAGCGACCAGAAGAAUGGAAUGUAGAGGAACAGCCUUCGGGCUGCGCAUCAAGGACUACGAGAAGAGGCCAAGUUUCUAUAGGAAUGAAUCACGCGGAAAUGAAUUCCGCUGAUCUCGAGCUCAUGGAAUCGACUUUAAAGGAGGAGUCCUCCUAUCAUACAAUAGGGUCUGCAACAGAUAUUCAUGCGGAAACAAAUUCCCCUGUCCUCGAGCAAAGUGAAUCGAACGUGGAGGCUAAGCCUUCAGAUCACUCAGGCUCUCUAGGCUUUCUAGGAUCUCAUCUACCCUCGCGCAGAACUCCGAAACGAUCGGCUAUGCUGAGAGCAGUCGUUAUUUCGAUUAGGAAGCAGCUAGAGGAGUCCAUAAGGACCGCAGAGUCGGUCGUCUCGUGCCACAUUUUAAGGUCGGCCACAAGAAGCCAAGUCUCCAUAAGGAGUCAUCGCAAGGUGCGAAAGAUUGUCCGCCAGUUUCCUGCUCACAUGAAUCUCUAUGUGAAGGGCAGCACAUCAGACAUUGGCAAUGCCCAACCCGUGCUAAAGGUUGUCCUUGCUUCUAUCAGGAAGGAGCUGACUCAGUCCAUAAAGACAGCAGAGGCGCUGAUCCUGAAGGCGACGAAGCUAUGCAAUCGCCUCGAGGCCUACAACAACAUCACAUAGUCUCACUGAAGCACUCUACUCUGACGAAUGCCUAACUGACUGAUCUGAGCUGUAUUUAUAAUUAAGAUAUCUAUGAAAAUCUUGGGCAAGUCUAU